AUGUACAAGGUUUUGGAGCGGAUUAUCCUGGACCGAAUUACUGAAAAUCGCGAAGAAGCAACGCGCGACGGGCAACCCAGCUCUCGUCCUGGCCGAUCUCCAAUUGACCACGUUUUCAUCGUUAGUGACCAAAAUCUGGCAGCGUUCGAGCACCAGGUGGAUGUGCAACAUCGUUUGGGGGUAACUGGUAACUGGAGUAAGACAAGUGGCAGUGGCAGGACUUUUCUGUUCAAUUUCGCCAUCGACGACGUUGCGACAUGCGAAGAGCAGUAUCACUUUCCUGCCGAUAUUAUCCUAGUAGCAUCAGGACGCCCCUUGAUCGACCUCGAGUACGCUGUACAUCUGCGCCCCGACAAAUGCGUGCAGAUGCGGGUUUCUUCAGGACCUCGGACGGGAAUCAAGGUGGACGGACAACUGAUCGAACUCUUCGAUGCGUUCUCUUACCUUGGCUGUACGCUGAACAAUGGCGGCUACGAGAAAGAUGUUGGGCGACGACGUGUGGUGAAAGCUACGCUCGCCGUGGCAGGGUUGCUUAGUUUGGGAAAAAGUCUUUUUGCCACUCUAGCAUAUUCACUGCCCCAGUACUCUGCACACCGGGCCCUGCCGUCUCAGACGUCGGACGGCAUCGCGACCGGUAAGAGGCGAUCAAAUCUCUGGUUGCUCAGGACGUCACUGAUUCUGGACCAAGGCGACACACGCUCGACUCGCCAUGGAGACUGUCUCAGACUGUGUACUUACAACGCGAGAACAGUUUCCACAGACGCUGAUCUGCAUGCCCUUCUCGGAGCUGCAGAGCGUAUCAAAUUCCACGUGAUUGCUCUGCAGGAGACCAAGUGCAGAAGGAGCGACGUACGACAUAUGAAUGACGGUACACUCGUCAUUCGUAGAGAGAAGGUUCAGUCGCGAAAUGUAGGCGGGGUUGGUUUUGUUGUGCAUCCAUAUGUCGUCCAUCUUGUCGAUUCUCACGAGAUCCUGUCACCUCGUCUGGCCAUUCUUCGCCUCCGUCCUCUGCGCCAAAAACCCAUCCGUAUCAUCAACUGCUACUCCCCAACAUCAGCACCUGAUGAAUCCGAAUUGGACGCGUUUUACGAGGAGCUGGAGGAAGUAAUCUGCAACGAGAAAUCCUUCUACAAAUUCGUUGUCGAAGACUUCAACGCAAAAACUAGGAAAAGCCACAGGAGAGGAAUACAGGAUCGGAAGAUUUGGACUAGGGGACCGGAAUGA